AUGAGCCUCUCACUUCUCUCUGCCGCAAGCAGUCUCCCUGGAUUAGGUAGAGGCCUGACUGUUCUGAAAACCGAUGCCGCCCUCUGGCCUCCAUGCGACCGGGACCUGCGUUAUCCUCGCCGUGUGGAAGCUCUGUUGGGUCUGCACGGCCCGCCGACCAUUGCCUCGGUCUUCGCCGCGAACGAUCAUCAGUGGAGUAAAUUAGGCCCGGCCAACGGAGCAGACUUUAGGAGGGACCGGUGCUCUCUGUUCAAUAUCCAUUACGAGUGCACUGGAAAAAAACGUCAUUUCAACUCGUCCUACAUCGGCCUCGACCGCGCCCACGAAAAAGCCGUCAAUGGUGAAAUGGCGUUUGAAUUCUCCUUGGGACCCCCCUCGCCAUAUUCUUUCUCUGUCGCUUCCCCCCUCCUGGAACGCCCCCUGAGCGAGCCUUAG